UAAACGCAACGUAACAACAGCCUAGCGAGAAAGCCAACCUCUCCUCCACCCAACCCGCUUCCAACCCCACGAAACCCACCCCAAAAACCUUCUCCAGAUUCAAACGAACAAACCCCCCCCCCCCCCAUCACCCUCAACCAAAGUUACCCUCAAACACUAUCGCUACAAUGUCGGGAGAAGCAUGGCUAUUCCUACUGGCGGUACUGAUCAACGCUGUCAACCUGUUCCUGCAGGUCUUUUUCACGAUAAUGUACUCUGAUUUGGAAUGCGACUACAUCAACCCUAUCGACUUAUGCAACCGCCUGAACUCCUACAUCAUCCCCGAGGCCGCCGUUCAUGCUUUCCUGACUGUCCUGUUUCUGGUCAACGGCUACUGGGUCGCUCUGAUCCUGAACUUGCCUCUGGUGGCCUUCAACCUCAAGAAGAUUCUUGAUAACGCACACCUCCUCGACGCAACCGAGAUCUUCCGGACGCUCAACAGGCACAAGAAUGAAUCCUUCAUCAAGCUCGGCUUCCACCUCGUCAUGUUCUUUUUCUACCUCUACAGCAUGAUCGUUGCCCUGAUCCGGGACGAAACUCACUAAGCGACGACUCCCGCCGAUAAUGCAUAAUGCCUCUAAGAGUUUACGAAUCGCCUACGCAUGUUGGGCACGCCUAUCUUCUGGAUGCAGAUUUUUUUUGUGAUGUGGUUAUUUAUUGGAUGUCGGGAUGAUGGUGGUGAUAGUCACGUGUGUAUUGAGGCGGCGUCGGGAUUGCAUAGAACAAGAGCGAGCGUGAGACGCCGGGUGUGGUUGUGGCCGAUGGUGACCGGUUUUCUGCUCUACUCUACUCAGUGAGGUGAUGGUGGCUUGUAUAAGUGGGAGUGG